UGGGAUACGCUCUUAAAAAAUUGGAUCAAAGAGAAUCGUGCGGUCUGUAAGUCCUCCACUGAAACUCUGAUAGCUCUGCACGUUUCACGCUUGAGAUCAGGUCCGCUACCGCGGCCAGAGCGUGACCAAGAGCGUGCAGCCCAUGAACUCAUUUCCAUCGUCGAAAAGAAACAAAACCUACGCUUCCUUGAUAACACGUUUCCACUGUUUGGCUUCAUGAGAGAGGUUGCUACAGACGCAAAGAAAAAUCCUGAACUGUAUCUUUGGAGAGGAAUAGUUGAUGCUAUUGCAUACAGUACGGAACUUAAAAAGUAUGUCAUCGUGGAUUUUAAAGCAGUCUACAGUUUGUUAGAUUAUUGGCAGAAAAGAACUGAUUUGUGUGGGAAGCAUUUGCAUCAGUGUUUAGUCUACGCAAAGCUUUUACAGCUGCACAUGGGUCUUGACUACUUGCCUCCUAUCCUGAUUGCAGCUAUCGAUGGAUUUACAGGCAUGGACGGAUUUUUCCCUCUUUUUAAAGAUUACCCUAAGGAGUGCUAUAAGAAGCUUGAUGAGUAUGAAUGGUUCGUAAAUCCGCCUCAGAAACGUCCCCUUAAGAUAUACAAGCCUGAAAAACUGUUGAGCCCCGAAUUCAUAUAUGGAUUUACUGCAAUUUCUCCAAACACAUCGCUGAAAACACUUUUUAAUGCCGAUGCCACAGUGGAAAAUCUCUUAGACCUACUGGGCUACGAUAGCAUUGAAAUCGUUCCCUCAGAAAACAGUAACACCAAUGACAUUUUAUUGGUUCCAUACUUGUGGAGUUAA